AUGAGUUUUUCCACAACAUGCGAAUUCGAUCACUCCAAAAAUAUCCAUCGUAAAUUCAAUACUCUUCAUGUGUCAUCCAGAAAACAUGUAGAUCCUUUGAUAACCACAAAACCAUUCGAAACACGCAAUCAUGGAUAACAAUUCGAACAACAUUUUGCCCAUUACUUGAAAGGGGACUUGAAUCUCUAAAGAUUAAUACAAACUCUCAACUACCCAAGACUGAAUGCAGAACAACAAAUCUAACCCAAACAUAGAAUGACUCUCAAAAUACGUCAAUAGACAGAACAAAGAAAAAACUAUCUAAAGAGUAAAAUUGUCAAAGUUCGCAACCUUAUCAAUGAGAAAGUAGCAAUCAAAAAACCUCACAAUGAAGAAAUCAGACAAGGCAAUGCUCAAACUCUCACUAUAGUAUAAACUAUUUUAGACAUAGCCAAUCACAAAGAUAAUUCUAUGGGUUACCAAGAGAAAUUGAUACCCAAAACCAAAAGUCUGAAAUAAUAUCGUCUCAAUUAUGACAAUGUGGAACCUCUCUGCAAAUUGCAAUAAUAAGUUAUUCAAACCAUCCCUCCCAGAUCCUAUCUAAAAUCAGUCCUUGAAAACAAUGCCUAACUCUAUCUCCAAGAAUUAGAAGCCCAAGCUGAAUAACAUGAAAACAAUAUCAACAAAAUUGUUCGUCUCAGCAUACAAAACAAACGCAAUGACUUCACUCUAUUUCACAAGGCAGCCAAAACCGAUCGUAGAAAUUAAGAUGGAAUCUUGACUCAUGCUGAUGUCCAAUUGUAUGAUUAUCUAUACAACAAACCCAAAGGAGUCAUGAUCCAAAAACACCCCAAAUACAUUCAAAAUGUUAUCGAUUAAGAAGUGGAUUUCAGAAAGAACUUCGGCAGGAAAAUAGUCAAUCGGAAAGUCAAAAGAACUCAUUACAAUCAGGAUCCACCUGAUAAUCCUGAUGACUCUUGUGCUUCCUCUCUGUAAUCUGCUUGCGAAAUCAAAUUGGAUAACUAUUAUUCGGAAACCAGAGAGUGGAAACGCAAACAGUUUCUACAAUUACCCAGACGCAUCAAAUAAUUGAUAGCCUUUGGAAGAAUUGAAUUAGUAAUUCUCACUUAUUCAUCUAGGAAAGCCAUCCAUACGACGGUUAAUAAAUUAGAAACUUAAUGA